AUGAUCACCUGCGCGCUCCUGUCGCGCUGCAGCGGGUCGCUGUCCCUGAUAACGACGAGCUGGGCGCUCGCCGGCUUCUGGGCGCGCAAGGGCGUCUGCCCCUGGUGGACCGUCGUCGUGCCUCUGAAGAACUUUUGCCCCCGCGCGACGGUCGCGUCCGCGCACGCCUCCCUCAAUCGGAGCUGCUCCGUCGUCGAGCUCUUCCAGGCGCUCGUGCUGUGCUUCUACCAGCUCCAGGCCGCCGCCGUCGUCGUCGGCCGCUCCGCGGCGGAAUCCUCGAACGGCGGCUGCGAGGCCCAGGCCGCGCUCUUCCAGCUCGCGUCCCUCGGCGCCGUCGUCGCCCACGGCGUCGGGCUCCAGCGCGCCGUGCUCCGCCUCGUGGUCUUCGGCGAGCCGUCGAGCGGCAUCCAGCGGCGGUUCCGGCGCUACGCGACGCUCGGCUCCGGCGCGGCCGUCGCCGCGUCCGCCGCGGCGCUCGCGCUGGGGUCCUUCGGCCCCCAGGCGCACCUGGCCUGGUGCUGGAUCGGCGGCGACGCGGAGAACGAGGCCCACGCGCUGGGCUUCGGCCUCUGGGUCGUCCUCGCGUUCCUGUACGCGUUCUGGGUCCACUCGCGCGUCGAGCGCGCGCUCGGUCGGUCGCCGUCGUCGGGCGCGCGGCGCGUGCGGCGCCGCGCGCGGGCCCACGUCCUCGCCUUCGCGCUCUGCUGGGGGCCCGAGGCGCGGUCCGCGCUGACGCCGCUGGGCGGGUUCUGCUUCGCGAUGCUCACGGCGACGUCCGACGGCCUCUGGGACCGGCUCUGCUGCGUGCCCAAGGUGGGCGACCGCGCGGAGCGGCGCGGCUCCGCGAAGGGCCUCGAGCUCCGGGAGACGCCCCGGGCGUCGGAGCCGCCGCCGCCGGAGGAGCCGCGCUUCUCCGAGCGCGGCGCGCCGGCGUCCCUGGAGUCCUCCCUGGAGUCCUUCGCGGACGAGGGUCUCGAGGACGAGGAGAAGAAGGUCUGGUGCGCGACGGCGAACUGCGCGGAGGCGCCGACCGUCGCCGCGCUUCUGGGCGCGCGCGACGACGCCGAGGUCGCGGAGAGGCUCCGGGCGCUGCUGCCCCGGGGCUACGACGUCUACGCGCUGGCGGUCCAGGAGUGCCUCUGCUGGGCCGAGCUCGUCGCGCGGUCGCGGCGCGUGCUCUGCGACGGCGGCGAAGCCUACGAGUGCGUCGGCAAGGGCGCCAUCGGCUCCGCGCUCACGGGCGUCGGCUUCCACGGGUUCAUCGGCCUGGCCGUCUUCGCCAAGGCGUCGGACGUGCGGCGCGGCGCCGCGCGCGUCGGCGGCGGCGCGGCGCCGGCGCCGGUCGUCGACGGCGCGCCGCCCGCGGCCGCGCCGCCGGAGGCGGCGCCGACGAUCGCGAUGCCCGGCGCCGCCGCGAAGCCGGAGAAGCCCCGGGAGGCGCCGGCCGUCGCGGCGGAGUCCGCCGCCGACGGCGUCGCGCUCAUCCCCCAGGGCGCGGCGGGCCUCCCGAACAAGGGCGCCGUCGCGGCCCUCGUGACGUUCCACGACGCGACGCUGCUCUUCGUCGGCUGCCACCUCCCAGCGGACGGCAAGGCCGGCGCGAAGCUGAAGAAGCGGCACGCGGCGGUGCGCGACGCCCUCGCGCGGGCCGCCGAGGGCCUCGGCGUGCGCGGGCCCGCGGCGACGUGCGACGCGCACCUGGGCGCCGCGACGCACACGUUCUUCCUCGGAGACCUGAACUACCGCGCGCCGACGGCGCGGCCGCGCGACACGCUCGACAAGGUCGCCCGCGCCUGCGCCGCGGACGCGGACGCGCACGACGACCCGGACUCGGCGACGGACGUCGAUUUGGAGGACGCGCGCGCGUUAUGGGACGACGCGCUCGCCGACGACGAGCUGCGGCGGGAGCGGGCCGCGGGCCGCGUCUUCGCCGGCUUUUCCGAGCCGCCCAUCGACUUCCCGCCGACGUACCGCUACGUCGCCGGCGCGCGCGCCGCCGCGUCCGAGGGCUACGCGCACGCGCCGUUGCUCGCCGCGGCGCGCGCGGACCUCUUCUCGCUCGUCAAGGAGAAGAAGCGGCCGCGCGGCGGCGGCGAGCCGAGCGACGUCGCGGCGAGCCGCGCGGCGGAGCAGCGGCUCGCGGAGAACCCGAAGCUCACGAUCUCCGCCGCGGCGGCGCGCGCGGGGCUCCGGCCGCCGUCGUGGACGGACCGCGUCGUCGCGCACAGCGCGCCGCUGCGGCGCGACGACCUCGACUGCGUCUCCUACGCGUCCCUCGACGCCGUCGAGGGCAGCGACCACCGCGCCGUCGGCGCCGGGUUCUCCCUGCGCACGGACGCGGCGCGGCGGGACCUCUUCCGGGGCUCGAUCGACCCGGGCCGCCACGCGGCGGCGCCCGACCUGGAGCUGGACGUCUCCCGGCUCGCGCGCGCGUCCAUGGUCUUCCCGCUGCCCUGGGAGGACCCGGACGUGGCCGACCGCCACCUCGCGGGCCUCGCGGAGGCGUUGGACGCCGCGGGGGCGCCCGCCAUCGACGUCGCGCGCGCGCCCUGGGCCGACCGGGGCGUCGCCGUCACGGCCGACGACGUCCGCCGGUGCCUCGCGCGCCACUGCCUCUUGCGCUUGGAGACGGCGGACGCGGAGACGUCCGCGGGCUCCGAGGCCGACGGCGCCGCCUACGCAUUGGUGCCCCUGGUGCCGGGGCCCUUCGAGGUCCGGCUCACGCGAGGGUCGUCGGACCUCGGCUGCGUCCUCGAGGGCGUCCUCCGGCUCGACUGGUCCGAGCUCGCGCCGAAGCCGUCCGAGUCGACGCCGGGCAAGCGCCGGUCCGCGCUCGCGCGCCUCUCCGAGUUCCUCUUCGUCGACACGUGGCGCGAGUCGUCCCUCGCGGCGCGGCCCUCGCGGGGCCGCGCGAGCACGGCCCCGGGCCGCCCGCGGCUCCCGCGCGCGCCGCGCGCGUCCCGCGCCCGGUCCGCGGGCGCGGGCGACGUCGAGAACCCGUUCCGCGCCGUCGUCGAGACGACGGCGCACCUCGUGGACCGAGCGCAGGACUACCCGCCCUGGCUGCGCCGCGUGCAGCUCGACUACGACUACGUAAACAAGCGCGCCCGCGCCGCCGUGCUCCUCGGCCUCGACGCGGGCAAGAACUUCACGCGGCGCUACGACGCGGCGCAGGAGUACGCCGUGCGCGGCGAGCCCUACCCGGACUGCAAGCGGUCCUACCUCGGCGAGGCCAUGCCGAUGCCGGCGUACCCGUCGACGGCGGCGCUCGCGGAGGCGGACGUCGACAUCGACGGGUCGCGCCACGAGCGCUGGCUCGUCGACAUCCCGGGCGCCGAGCGCACGCACGUCUACACGAACGAGGCGCUCGUCGACGGCGCCUACGUGCCGCUCAUGACCUACGACUUCGUCGAGUUCGAGGCCGUCGGCGGCUGGCCCUACCUGCACCUCUUCCACCACUACCUCAUGAGGUUGGCCGUGUGCGUCGGGAACUGGACCGUGUGCAGCGCCUUGACGUCGGCGAUCUGCUUCUCGACGAACUUGGCGACGUCGGCCGCGGACUCGCGCUUCAUGGGCAGCUGCGUCGAGAUCUGGCCGCUGGGGAAGUGGACGCUGAUCUUGAGCUCGCCACUCGUCACGGGCUUGAGCUUCUCCAUGAGCCACUCGCUCCCGCCGGCGCGCCACGGCGGCAGCCCCGUCUACCUCGCGCUGUUCAACUUGAUCGUCGGCUGCUUUAGCUUCGUGGGCAUCAUCGUGCUGAUCUCCGUGGGCUACUGGCUCGGCCCCGUCUGGAACUUCAUGCUCCUCGCCUGCCUCAUCGCCUCGCUGGCGCACGUCGUCGUCGUCGCCCAGGGCGUCUGCCGGCCGGAGCGCGAGGCGCGCCGCGUCCAGGCGCGCGUCGCGAACGCCGUCUUCGCGAUCACGGCGCUGAUGGCGAUCGCGGCGGUGAACGCGUCCGCGGACGCGAUGGCGCUCCACAGUUGCGCGCUGCGCGUGCGCUGCGACGCCGUGCACGCGACGUCCGAGCUCUGCGGCCGCCGCGUCGACGCCUACCUGCGCUGCCACGGCCCGUCGCGGAGCCAGCACGGCGACCGGCGCCUCGAGAGCGCCGACGAGGACGUCGACCUGUCGGAGGCGUCGCUCUACUACUGGGUCCACGACGACUGCACGGAGACCGGCGGCGGCGCGGACCGCGCCUGCGCGGCCUUCGAAUCCAAGGAGGCCUGCGUCGACCACCGCUUCGUCGACGACGCGCGCCAGGACGACGACGACGACGACUGCGCCCCGGGGGAGUCGCCGCGCGAGCUCGCGGGCGCGAUGGCGCGCGCGACGCUCGUGCUCCUCGCGCCCGUGGCCGUCGCGGUCGCGCACACGGCGGCCUGGACCGGCCCGCGCUUCGCGCACGUCGCGCCCGUCGUCGCCGAGGCGCUGCCCGUGGCGAUGCCCUGCGGCGGCGAGAGCGCCGACGCGCCGCCCCCGCUCGCCGCGGCGGCGGCAUACGUGAACCUGUGGUGGCUCGGUGCGCUGCCGCUCGGCGCGCGCGCGUUCUACACGUCGGACAUGUACCACGGCUGGAAGAAGCCCGAGGCCUCCGACGGCGCGAAGGUGACGACGGCGACGGCGCCCGGGUCGACGACGAGCUACUACGUGCUCGACCUCGGGCAGGACGACGGCGGGCUCCUCCGCGCGCUCGACCUCGACGGCUCCGAGGCGUCGCUGCUCGCGUCGCUCGACGAGAGCGAGCAGUCGCUGCUCGCGUCGCUCGCGUCGCCCGCGGCGGAGCCCGCCGUCGCCGCGCUCGUCGAGGCCAUCGGCGAGGACGGCGGGCUCGUCGAGGCCAUCGGCGGGUCCGUCUUCCACGCGCUCCGGCCCAAGGAGGCGCACGAGACGGCCGCGGGCGUCUGCGUCUUCGCCAGCGGCAGCGCGCAGAUCGACGGCUGGUACGCGCGCCAGGAGGGCCUGGUCUUCGACGGCGCGUCCUUCCGGAAGGACCACCUCUUCGUGUCGCGCUUCGGCUUCGACGACGCGGCGCCGGGGUCGUACUACUGGUUCCUCAGCGACCUCAAGGACCCGGCGACGCACGGCGACGACGUCGACUACCUGCGGACCGUGGCGGCGACGAACGCGUCGAUCCCGCCGCCGAAGCGCGCGGCCUGGGGCAUCAUCGACCGCGGCGGCGACGGCGACGCGGCGGAGCCGUGGCCGUCGCGCGCGCCCUUCUUCCUCGCGGCCGACGCCGGGGGCCCCUGCGACCGCGCGACGCGCUGGCUCGAGGGCGAGGCCGUGCCCGACGUCGUCGAUUCCCUGCUCAAGGGCACGCUCGGCGCCGACGGCGGCGAGGCGCUCCUGCGGCGCGUGCUCGCGCGCAAGCUCGGCGGCGGACCGUGGGCCGAGCGCGGCGCCCGCAUGGCGGCGGCGUCGGGUGACGACGACGUCUACGUGGCCGUCGCCCUCGCCGUCGCGCUCCUGCUCGCCGUGGGCGGCCUGCUCGCCCACGGCGUGAGAAGGCUCGUCGCCGACGCGAAUUUGGGCGCCGAGGACCCGCGGGCGAACCUCUUCGCGCGCGACAACCUCUUCGACGCGCGCGACCGCCUCGGCGCGCCGCCCGCGCCCCGGAUCCGCGCGGACGGCUGGCUCGAGGCGCCGGCGGCGGCCGUGGACGACGACGGCGACGACGCCGUCGAGGACGACUUCCCGCCGUCGCUGCGCGCGCGGCGCGCGUCGCUCGACGGCGUCGCGGCCGCGGUCGCCGCGCGGGGGCGCGCCGCGCUCACGGACGGGUCCGGCUGGGCGACGCCGGGUUUGGCGUUGUGCGUGCUCCUGCUGCGCGCGGACUACGCGGCGCGCGGGCCAAAGGCGUUCCUGAAGACGACGCUGGGCAACGUCGCGCGCCCGACGGUCGCCGCGGUCCUGGCGCUGGAGGCGUGCCGGCGGUGCCUCUUCGCGACGUUCUGGAAGGCCGUCGCCUGGGGCCUCGGCGAGCUGGACGACGACGAAGCCGCGCUGCUGCGGAAGCUGGCCGUCGAGGAGGCGCUCGGCGGCCUCGCGCUCUGCGCCGUCGCCGCGUGCGAGACGAGCUUCGCGACGGGCGCGCCGAUCCGCGGCCACGACGCGCUCGGCAGCCGCGCGGCGGCCGCGGCGCCCGAGGCCGUGGUCCUCGCGUUAGUCGUCGCCUGCGCGUCGGCGUCCGUCGCGCUCCUGAGCCGCGUCGCGCGCGCGCGGCUCGCGCGCUACGCGGACGCCGCGGCGCCCGGCGUCGGCUACGCCGCGGCCUCUCGCCGCGCGGCCGGCCACGCGCGGCUCCUCGGGCUGCUCGUCGUGCUCGAGGCCGUGGCCCUGGCGUCGACGGCGUGGAUCGUACGGCUGGCCUACGCCCACGGCGGCGCGACGGCGGCGCUCCAGGCCGUGGCGCUCGCGCUGCGGACCGCGAAACGGACGACGCAGGCGCUGCUGCACCACGGCGCGAGCCUGGCCCUCGGCGGCGAGGGCCGGCUCUUCGGCAUGCUGGCGCGCUACCACGUCGACGACGCCUUCGGGACCGCGGACGGUGAGGUCUUGAAGCGCCGCUUCGCCGCCGCGCGGCGCCGCGCGGCGCGGCUCAGAGACGCGGACGACCAACGCUUCCGCGUCGCGUCGUACGGCGUCGAGUUCUGCGCGGACGUCGCCGAGAUGGCGUUCAUUUUGGCCUGGUACGCCCUCGAGCUCGUGUCCGGCUCCUUGGAGUUGUCCGCGGGGUCCAUGCUCUUCUCUGUGUACGCGCAGCAGGCGCACGCGCGGCUGCGCGCGCGAUUGGCCUACCACCGCGAGUGGGCCGCCGCGCGCCGCGACCUCGACGCGCGGUCGCUCUUCGCGCCGGCGGACGACGACGCCGUGCGCGCCUACGACGACAUCUGCGUCAUCUGCCACGACGGCUUCGCGGUCGCCGCGCGCGACGAAAACGGCGCGCGGACGCUCGACGCGCGGGCGCCCGCGCGGGACGCAACGCGACUUCAACGUGAAAUGAGUCGACAGCAGACGCCCGUGCGGCUCCCGCGCUGCGCGCACCUCCUGCACCGGAGCUGCCUCCAGGUCUGCCUCCAGCACGCCCACUCCACGCUCACGCCCCUGCGCUGCCCCAUCUGCCGCGAGCCCUGCAAGCGGCCCGACGCGGCUGGCAAGGCGCCACCGGCGGAGCCGCCGGCGAACGAGCCGCCGCCGGCGCCGGAGCCGGCGGAGCCACCGGCGGCGCCGGAGCCCCCAGCGCCGGAGCCACCGGCGGCGCCGGAGCCCCCAGCGCCGGAGCCACCGGCGGCGCCGGAGCCACCGGUGCCGGAGGAAGACCCGCACGCGCGUCGCGCCGCCGACCCGCCGCCGGCGGGCAUGUUCAUCUAA